AUGGCACUGCUUGGGUCAAAUGCCACCCCAUCAGGGGACGGGGCUCUUCAGCCCCGUCUGUCAACUCUUUCAACAAUGGCCAUGGCCUUUGCCAUUCUCAACACCUGGAUUGCGCUGGCCGGCUCAAUAGGUCUUGUCCUACCGUCUGGUAGUUCUGUUGCACUGCUGUACGGUUUCAUCUUCUGCGUCCUAUGCUGUUUCUGCGUGGCCGCAAGUCUUGGAGAGCUCAGCUCUAUCUGGCCGACAGCUGGAGGACAGUACCACUUUGUGUACGCUCUUUGCACAGAAAGAUGGAGAAAGCCAAUGGACUACUUUGGCUCCCAAUUUAUUUCUGCCGCAGCAGUAGUUGCUUCGAACGGAUCAUAUCAAAUCACUCCAGCCAGAACAUAUGGAAUCUUCGUAGCAGUCCUCGUCUUUACAACAGUCGCAAACAUUUGGGGUAACAGGAUAUUGGGCAAAUGGAACGAUGCUGCCUUAUAUUGGUCUAUCUUUGGCGUCGUCAUCAUCAGCAUUGUUCUACUCUCCAUGUCAGACAAGACUAGCGCAGAGUUUGUCUUUACAAACUUCAACAACGAGACUGGCUGGUCUGAUGGCAUGGCCUGGAUAUUGGGUCUACUUCAGUCUGCUCUCUCCCUCAUUGCAUUCGACGUUGUGUUGCAUAUGACAGAAGAGAUGCCGAAUCCCUCCAGGGAUGCCCCUCGAGCCAUGUUGUACUCUAUUGUCAUUGGAGGUGUCACUGGCUUCGCCUUUAUCCUUGUUAUGCUCUUCUGCCUUGUUGAUCCCGAUACCAUCCUGUCUACUCCAACCGGUAUGCCCAUCGUCGAGCUCAUUCUCCAAGCAACAAAGAGCCGGGCUGCUGCCACCAUUCUCAGUCUAAUGCUCAGCGUGUGCUUCAUCAACGGCACGAAUGCUAGUAUUACCAGUGUCAGCAGAUUGCUUUACGCCAUGGCUCGCGAUCGCGGCAUCGUGUUUCACAAUUACUUUGCUCACAUCCAGUCGGGCUUAAACGUGCCAGUGCGGACCAUCAUGUUCUGCUUUGUCUUCAAUAUUCUCUUCGGCCUCCUGUACCUGGGACCGGUUGUUGCUUUCAGCGCAUACGUGGCGUCUUGCACCAUCUUCUUGAACAUGUCUUAUUCGGUCCCAAUCUUGGUCCUUCUCGUCCGUGGACGGAAGGUGCUUGCCAACUACCAGUCUGCAAAGACUCCCUUUAAAAUGGGAAGGGUAUUUGGUCUGAUUGUCAAUAUCAUUGCUGCGCUAUAUGUUGUUGUUACUUCAGUGUUCUUCUGCUUCCCUACGUUUCUUCCUGUUACUGGAAACAACAUGAACUAUGUAUGCGUUGUCAUCGGCAUCUUUGCCAUGGUUGUUGGUGUCUAUUGGAUCUUCUUCGGGAAGAACUUUUUGGGUCCUCAAGACUUGAUCGUGGCGGAAUUCGACGGUGUUGUUGGCCGUCCUGUUUCCACGCAAAACUCAAGUGAAGAGGACAAGGCCGAAAAGGGAUCCCACAGAGAACUCAAGUGA